AAACCACACUUCACAGUUCAUUUAAAAACAUUGUAUCUAUUUCUGGACCACAUUUGCAGAGCUCACUUGAGACAUUGUGGCUGAGUGAUGACUCACUUCUAGUGGGUAAUUAAUAUGCACACAGUAACACUAUACAGUGGCUGCACAGUGUUCAGCAAAUAAUUUUUCAGCUUUGUUUAAUAAGAUAAUGUAAGGAUUAUUUAUUUGUGGUGUGGAUAUUUUCUGCUACACAUUAGGGCCUUUGCUCCUGUUCUACCAUUAACACUUUAAAAUGUCAAACAGUUUAAAUUUAAGGUCGUUACUGCUAAUUAAGGCAGCCUCACCAUUAACCAAAAUACCAGCUCCUUUUCUUUCCCCCACCCCCACCAAAGGCCAACAAACCUGUUAAAUGUGAGUUUUUUUUAAUGCAUCUUUUAUUGACUUAAUUUUAACAUGGACACAAGGUUAAAUCAAAAAUAUUUUAAAUCUUCAACCAUAAUAUGGUUUAAACUCUAAGGUGAUGUCAUUGAUAAUUGGUGAGGUAAUUUAAAGCUGUCUGAAUGCGCAGUAUUUCCACUGUAGUGUAACGUUGUUAAUUUCGUCUCUCUCAUAGAGCUGUAGCGCCUCCAAGCGGCAGGUCAGAAGUACUUCAGCUAUUGCAGUCUUGAGGUCGUCUUUUAUCUAACCGCUUUGCCUCUGUUGAAUAGUUUUACCUAAAGGGUUAAAUCCAAACUAUAAUGACGCCUCUUUUCAAAAUCAGCGGAUUUGUUUAUUAAUAUCCCCAGCUCUUGGAGUCCGUUCACAAGUGGCCACUUAUGAAUAAAGUGGCCACUGAAUAAUUUUACAAUUCAAACAGUUAAAAACUUUUUACAGUCUUUGCUGUGAUAGUUUACGGAGGGCAGAGUUUAAAAUUUGCCAGUUAUUUUAAUAGGAGCUGCUGUGAAUGUGGUAAAUGAAUUUACUUUCCGUCCCUCGGUGUUUUAAAAUGGGCUUUUGGCAUUAAACUCAUGCACACCUAGAGCAAACUCGUGAAGCUGUGCACCGACUCUGCUGCUCAGCUUGUGGGUCGUCGUGAUGCAGCAGGUCGGUGCUUCUUUGAAAUUACUUGGCUUGCACGCCAGAAGGUCACGAACACCGGUUUGUGGUGUUUUCCACCUGUCCCAAACUGUCGGCGUAUGCUCUGUUUCGUGUAAAUUUCAGCAUAUGUGACUCCAGUCUGAAAUGCCUGAGCGGACUGUGAAUGAUUUUAUCCCUAACCACCCCAAACUACAUCUCUCACUCUCUUUCUCCUCCGUUCAAAAGCGCGCUCUGGCGUAGACGCUAGGAGCGCGCACGCUGCGACGGAGCUCCGUCACAAGUUUGCACCCACUACGUCACCGCUGCUGUCAGUAACCCGUGCUUUCCGGUGUUAUGGCCGCUUGCAGAGAAGGGGACAGUAAUGUGUGAUAUUAGGAAAUGAAGCCGUGGUUUUAGACAGCCGUGUUUGGGAUGGCGGUGACACAGCUGCUUCGGCUUGUUACCUGUCGUUCGACAGCUCGCAUAACCCUCCGCGCGCACAGGAGGUACAGUAAGGUACAGACGUCCCCAACAUUAUCUGAGCGACUAAAAGUUUUUGAGGCACUCAGGAAAAAACGAGGCAGCGGGAAGCGAGUGGAAGCUACAGAAAAGCCCCUCAGUAUCCGACUGGCCGAUGGCCGGACAGUAAAGGGAAUAGCCAGUGUCACCACACCGCUCUUUGUUGCUCAGAGUGUGCGAUGGAAAGGAGCCCUGGUGAGUAAGGUGAAUGGGGAACUCUGGGAGCUUGGACGACCCCUAGAGGCAGACUGUGAACUACAACUUCUGGGGUUUGAUACAACUGAGGGAAAGCAGGCAGCCUGGCGAACAGGUGCAUGUGUCCUCAGUGGAGUCUUGGAGGGCAUGUUUGGUGCUGAGGUGUGCAGAGAAGGAGCAUCAGAGCUCGGGCUUUUCUGUGACUAUCUGCUGGACGACAGUUCCUUGUCUCUGAGUGAUGUGGAGGCGAGGUGUAAGGAGGCGGUGGCACUCAAACUUCCUCUCUCUAGACUGGAGCUGAGUACAGAAGAGGUCCAAGAGCUCUUCCAGAGCAGUAAGUUGAGGCUGCAGUUUGUUGAGGAGCAGAUGAAUGGAGCUACUGUCACAGUAUACAGAUGUGGAGACACUGUAGCGGUCUGCAAUGGUCCUCUCCUCCCACAUACAGGCCUCCUCAGGGUCUUCAAGAUGCUGCAGCUGUCCUCUGUGACCCUGGCCAAUCAGACAGAGUCCUCGGGUUUGACACGACUGUUAGGUGUGGCCUUUCCAGGUGAGAAAGAGAAGGAGGAGUGGGAGAGAGAGCAGGAGGAAGCGAGGAGGAGGGACCACAGACGCAUCGGGAAGGACCAGGAACUGUUCUUCUUCAAUGAAGUCAGUCCAGGAAGUUGUUUCUUCCUCCCUAAAGGAGCCUACAUCUAUAACACACUCACUGACUUCAUUAAGAGUGAAUACCGAAAGCGAGGCUUCACUGAGGUCGUGACCCCGACGCUGUACAGCACCGCUUUAUGGGAGCGCUCAGGCCACUGGGAGCACUACAGCGAGAACAUGUUCACUGUGAAGUCAGAGGGCUCUCAGACCUACGCUCUAAAACCCAUGAACUGUCCUGCACACUGCCUGAUGUUUGAGCAGCGAGUUCGCUCGUGGAGGGAGCUUCCUCUGCGAUGGGCCGACUUCGGGGCGCUGCAUCGUAACGAGCUCUCUGGCGCUCUGGGAGGUCUCACUCGGGUUCGCAGGUUCUGCCAGGACGACGCUCACAUAUUUUGCACACCUGAACAGCUGGAAGAAGAGAUUGUGGCUUGUUUGGACUUUGUGAGGACCGUCUAUCAAGUGUUUGGGUUUUCCUUUCACUGCCUGCUGUCUACGCGACCUACACCAUGCCUGGGGGAGCCUGAACAGUGGGAUGCUGCAGAGCAGCAGUUAGAGAGGAGUCUGCAGCAGUUUGGUGAAUAUUGGGAGUUGAACCCAGGAGAUGGAGCCUUCUACGGACCAAAGAUUGACAUCCAGAUCAAAGAUGCCAUUGGCAGACAGCACCAGUGUGCCACAAUCCAGCUGGACUUCCAGCUGCCCAUCAGAUUUGACCUUCAGUAUGUCGGACGAGAUGGACAGUUGCACAGGCCAGUAAUGAUCCACAGAGCGGUGCUGGGAUCGCUGGAGAGGAUGAUCGCUAUACUGGCUGAAAACUUUGGAGGAAAAUGGCCACUGUGGUUGUCUCCGGCUCAGAUCGUUGUUAUUCCUGUGGGGGGCGACAAUGAGUCAUACGGCAGGCAGGUGGUCCAGCAAAUCCAUGAAGCUGGCUUUAUGGCAGAUCUCAAUAACGAUGAGGGAGCAACCUUAAAUAAGAAGAUUCGCUCUGCUCAGCUUGCCCAGUAUAACUACAUAUUUGUGGUGGGCGAUAAGGAACGUGAGAGUGGAACAGUGAACGUGAGGAGCAGAGGGGGUAAACAGCUGGGGAGGAGGCCGACAGAGGAGGUGCUGAUGUCCCUCGCACAGCUACGAGACACCAGGAGCAACCUAGAUGAGUUUUGAUGAUGGAGUCCUGGAAAUCAUGACUCACUGAUGAAAUGUUUGUUUUACAUGUUCAAGCUGUUACACUUUGGCUUUGUCUGAAGAAGCGGCUGGUUAAAGUUAUAAUAAAAGUCUAUAAAACACUGA